AGAAAAGGAAAAAGGCAUGCGUAUUCGAUAGAGGAAGUGGAACACGCCACUCACUAUUCUUACCCAGAGAUGCUUUUCAGUGAGCAGACUGACGAUAGGAUAGGAGAAGAGUGUAGGGGGUCAAUUGGAAACAGCUUCAAAGUGACAGGAACAGGAAGUGGUGAACAGAGCGAGCUACCCGGUAAAACAUGAGGCUUUUCCGUUCCUCUCUCUUGACACGGCCUGUCCAUCAUCUCAGCCUUUCCAGAUAUAGUCAUUAAGUGUUGCGAUGUAUUUAAUUUAAGGCUGGAGGGAGCAUCUUCAGCCCUGUCCUGACUGUUUGUAAGCGAAAUGACACACAGCGGUGCUGGUAGUGGGACUGCUAAUGGUGCCACGAAAAGGGGAGACGAACUUAAGAUUGUGGUAGUGGGAGAUGGAGGCUGUGGGAAGACAUCUCUUCUGUUGGUUUAUGCUAAAGGAGAUUUUCCUGAGAACUAUGCACCGUCAGUGUUCGAAAAAUAUGUCACCACUAUCUCUCUCAGAGGAAAAGAGAUAACACUCAACCUGUAUGACACAGCUGGACAGGAAGACUAUGACAGACUACGGCCGCUUUCAUACCAAGAAGCCGAUCUGAUUUUAGUCUGCUUUGAUGUGACCAACCCCACCAGCCACGAGAAUGUCCUGAUAAAGUGGCACCCUGAGGUGAAACACUUCUGUCAGGACACGCCGGUCAUCUUAAUUGGCUGCAAGACUGACCUCAGGAAGGAUAAAGAGUGUGCCAGGAAGCUCAAGGCUAUGGACCAGGCUCCCAUCACUUACACACAGGGCGAGGAGACCCGGCAGCAGAUGAAUGCAGUGCUCUACCUCGAGUGUUCGGCUAAGUAUCAGGAGAACGUGGAAGAUGUUUUCAGGGAGGCAACCAAAAGAACUUUGGCCUUUAAUCGAAAACAAAAGAACUACAAGAGGAAGAAGAACUGUGUAGUUUUGUAAAGUCGGAAGAACCAAUUCUUGAGGACUCUACUGGCUUUUUUCCCCCUUUUGAAAACCAUUCCAUCACAUUGCGAGUGGUUAGACUCUGAGACCAAAGAUGUCCGGCGUCCUCGCAUGGAGAACACAUUGACCAGUGCUGUAGGUUUGGGCCUCACUGAGUCCUCAGCCCUUACUGUAACAAGAAAAUAACUUAUGACUAAACAGGAAAGACCAUUUAGCAAGAAGCAGGUGUGUAUGCAACUUGAAAAGCCUUCUGGCAAUGUAUUAGACAGGUUUAGUACUUUUAUUUUUUGAUAGAAAGCUUUGUACCAUUUCCAAAACCAUUGUGUUUUAUGGAAAUGUGCAUAUUAAAGUUGAACAAAUAGUUCAACUAUUGUCAACUAUUUAAAAAAAAAAAGAAACUCUCAGGUCAAUUAAAAUGUCUGAAUCUGCUUUAAAAGCUGCAAGUACAUAAGAGAAUAGUUCAAUAUACUAUAAAUGUACUGUAGCUUUGACGGUUGUAAGAAAGAAACCGUCGAGCACCCAACAGUAUUAGUUCAUUUCCAGUAGAAAAAAAAAAAAAAAAAAAAAAAAAAA